AUGUUUCGAGGAGAAGUCAGUACCAAAAUAGGUAAAGCUGAUAUGUUUGCCGUCAUUGCUGACACAACAGCCAAUGUUUCCCAUGUGAAUCAACUUUCUGUGGUUGCAAGGUAUGUAGAUCAAAAGGGAUAUGCACAAGAGCAUCUUGUGGAUAUUCAAGGGAUUGAUGAUAAGAUGGAGCAAGGUCAUGCUCAAGGAAUCCAACAUCGUCUUCCAGUCCAACGAUUAUUUUAUGAAGGGCAUCUUGGAAGAGAAGUCCCUUACUUUCCUUGUCUUGCACAUUGUGUCAAUACAACAGUGGAACGUAGAUGUCAGGCAAUUACUGCUAUAUGUUACAUGUUUGGAAUUCUGCAGCCCUAA